CCAAUGAGAGAAGGAGCGAGAUGGAUUUUGGUCGACAUUCUUCACAUUUUCUCAUUGAAACAUUUGAUCUCAAUACAGUUUUCUUUUCCCAAAACUAUAAUCGUGUUACGAACAGGGUGGAUUAAGUUUAGUAGACAUUACACUUUACCAAAGUUGCGUUGUUUUGGAGCGCAAGGUCGAAUUGAGUUAUUGUACACGCGUACUUCACAGAAUAGGCGUUCGCUACUGGAAAUAUGCAAAUACAUGCUAGAGCGCGCCAAUAGGAUCUCACUAGCUCGUGCUUGCCUCUGCCCUUCAAACUUUCUUGUUCUGCCCACUAUGAUUCAUUUGCUCCCAUUGGAAACGACAGGCUCUGGUCUAUCUUGGGUUAGUUAUCUUUGGAUAAAUUGCAAUAUGGCGACGCCCAUGCACAGAGUUAUUGCUCGUCGGCAAGCGGAGGCAAAUAAACAACAUGUUCGGUGUCAGAAAUGUUUGGAGUUUGGACACUGGACAUAUGAGUGCAUUGGUAAACGAAAAUACCUUCACAGGCCAUCAAGGACGACAGAAAUGAAAAAGAAACUGAAAGAAAAUGAAAAUAAACAGGUCAAUACCACAGGACCAGGAAAGGAGGACUCCAGUGAGAAAAAAAUUAAGAAGAAAAGGUCAAAGGAUUCAAGUGGUAGUAGCAGCAGUGAUUCUGACAGCUCUUCCAGUGACUCAUCGUCUGACAGUAGUGACUCCUCAAGCUCUUCGUCGGACGACAGUGAUGACAGUUCUAGCUCCUCUUCCUCUAGCAGCUCAAGCAGCUCGGGUUCCGAUUCAUCUAAAGGUAGCGACUCGGAUCAAGGCCCUCCCAAGAAGAAAAAGAAGAAGAAAUGAAGGCUGAGCUGUAUUGUGUUCCACCAUGGCAUUAACCUGAGCUAAACUCUGACCCUUUAGCUGUUAAGGAGCUGUCUUAAAAAUGAUAUGGUGUAAAUUGUAAUCAACAAGCAGUGAGACAUUUAGCAUUUGUCAGAAUGUGUUCUCUCCCCUGCAUUAACCCCCCUGUAAAGUCAGUGGAAAGGUAUGGUCAUAUCUUAACUUGGUCUCAUAACAAGUUAGGAAAUGUAUCUAGAUUAAAAUAGAGAAGUGUAUGUGCUUCUUACAUGUUGUAGUUCCUUACUUUCUACUAAUGUUUUUGAGUGACUCCAUACAUGUACAGCUAUGUAUCUACUGUUAUGACUUUUGCUACUGAAAGAUAUGUAACAAAUAGUUUUUUUUGGG